AUGAGAGAGGGAAAGGAUAAUAGGGAUGCUACAAUUCUUUCCAUUGCCAGCAUUUUGCAUGAAUAUUUGUCACCUGAAGUGUGGGACAUUCCAUUGGAUCAGAAUGCACCUCUGCUGGAACAUGAAAUAGAAUUAGAUCUUCCAUUACAUUUCUUCCUUGACACCAUAAUGCUGCAACAGGAAAUGAACUUGAUUUGCUCUAACAGUGAGAUAAGAAUUGCAUCAGAUGCUGUCCUACGUGUUCUUUCUGUUUCGUCCGGCCAUGCCACCGUAGGGCAGUUGGUUGUGGCAAAUGCAGACUAUAUUAUUGACUCUUUAUGUUACCUGUUGCGGCAUUUGGAUAUCAAUCCCCAUGUUCCUGAUGUACUUGCUACUAUACUUUCCGAUGUCGGUACUGCUCGAGAUAUUCUGCCAUUGUUGGAGGAGCCGGUCAGUGGCUUUUACAGAGGUGGACUUCUUGAUUUUGAGUUGGGUUUUGUUGCUGAUUCCAGUUUGAUGCGAGCUGUCUCCUCAGAGUUAGAGGUCCUUGGUAGGCAUCAACACCCAAAUUUAACUAUUCCAUUUCUAAAGGCUGUGGGUGAAAUUGCAAAGGCAUCACAAACUGAAGCAUCUUCUUUGCCAGAUCAGACAGAAAUAUUUAGUGCACACGUCAGCUCCAAGAUUCUUAUAAUGCAAAAAUGGAUUAAUGAGAAUCAUGUGGAUAGUAGCUCCUUCUCCAUGUGUACCGAAUCCCAGGCUUUAGAAAGAAUCAGCUUGUCUGGUGUCUCUGGACAUUUAUUGAGCUCAAUGCACAGGCACCCAUUAAUGCAGUAUACUUUGGGUCAUGGGUACAAUCCAAGCAUGGGCCAUGCUGCUUGGUUUUUGGAUGUUUCUGUAUCUCUUGCAAAAAUGGAGGAAGCUUAUAAGCACGAGAAACAAACCAAAGCAGCAAUCUGGGAAGCAGUUCAGUUGCUAUCACUAAAUGAUCUGAAAGAUGGGAUGGAGGCUGCAGAUGAGGAAGCUGACGAGAACAGAGUGCUUCCAGCAAUGAACAUAAUCUGGCCUUAUUUGAUUCUUUGCCUUAAAAAUAAGGUUUCAGUGGUUGUGAUCAGGAAAUGCUUGAAUAUGCUGCAUAAAGCAGUUCAAAUUGGUGGCGGGGACUUUUUUGUUCGCCGGUUUCAGAAUGAUGGGCAUACUAUAUGGAAGUUGCUUACUUCAUCCCCAUUUCGAAGGAAACCAAUGCUAUCAAAUGAGGAAAGAAUUCUUCUCCCUUACCGAAGUAAUUCUAUCACUUCAGAAGAACCUAUGGCUGAAGUCUCCAGCCAAAAAAUCCAGGCAGCAGUAUUGGACAUGAUUACCAUGAUAUGUUCAGACAAGAGGACUAGUUCAGCAUUACAGACAGUCCUGAAGAAGGUUAGUGGUAUUGUCGUAGGUAUUGCUUGCAGUAGCAUGGCAGGUCUCAAAGAUGCAUCUCUAAGGGCAUUAUCAGGACUUGCUUGCAUUGAUUCAGACCUUACCUGGCUUCUGCUUGCCGACGUCUACUAUUCCCUGAAUAGAAGGGAUGUUAUCCUUCCACCAUGCCGAGAUCUGGCUGGGAUUUCUGAGCUGCUUCCUGCCACAUCAUCCAAAAAGGAAUAUUUGUUUGUGAAUUAUGCAGGAGAAGAUUUAGGCUUUGAGAUAGAUCCUUCAUCCGUGGAGGACUCGUCCUCAUUACAAUGGGACGUCCAGGCGGUCGUCGAAGGGGACGUCCUCGAGCAUGUCAACCUCCAGAUCCUCUGGGUGGGUCGUAAAAGGAUCCUCUUCCACCUCGAGGCCGGGGUGACGAACGCGGAAGCGGGACGUGGCGAUCCGGUAUCCAUAUUCGAAGGACACCCGCCCCGUCUGCGUUAG